AUGGCCAUUGGAGUCUUGAAAACACCCAAUGGCGACGAUGCCGCCCGCCUUUUCUUGAUUCUCAACGAUAUCGUCGGAAUCACUCUGUGCUUCGUUGGUGGACGUGCUAUAUAUUUUGUCCUCGGAUCGACUUUGAUUGUUUCCAUGAUCUUCAACAUGGUGUCAAUUUUGGCUCAAGGAAAUGCCACUCGCCAGAAAUUGAAGAGAGACGAGCCCGUCCGUCCCAAUAUGUUUGGGAUGUGCCUUGAGAUCUUCGGCACCCUCGCUUUGAUAAUCAUGUAUACCAUUUCGGUGGUCGACACAACAGCCUGGGAUUAUAGUUACUGGAACACAUCACCUGUGUUUCUUCACGCAUAUGGUGGGGUGACUGGACUGAUUGCUUUUGUUAUGCACGGCGUAAUGUCCGUCAAGAAGAUUGCACAGUACGUCAAGUAUCGUCAAAGCCUCUCGAACAGCUGUCCUCACUGCAAACGGGGUUAUGAGGACCGUCCUGCAAGCAAGACUCCUGCCGGCAAAGCUCCUGCACUGGAACCUUCCCCCCUGUCGUUGACUGCCUGCGAGACUCAUUCACCUAGGGUCAGCUUCAGUGCGAACACCGUUGGAGAAGGAGAGAACGACAACUUGAUCAUGAAAGAGUGA